AUGCUCUCACUUCAGAAGGGGCCUCCUCUUUCCUUGGGCUGUCUCAUGACUCGGAGGUUAUGUGUGGGGCUGGUGGUUGGGUGCUAUAUUGGGGGUGUCCUGAACUCCAUCAUUCAGAUGACCCUCAUCAUCAGGCUGCCCUUCUGCAGCUCCAAUGUCAUCAACCACUUCUUCUGUGAUGUUCCUCCUCUCCUGGCUCUGCCCUGUGCCAGCACGUACAUCAAUGAGAUGAUCCUCUUCUCUUUGGCUGGUGUCAUUGAGCUCAGCACCAUCUCUGCCAUUCUGGUCUCCUACGUCUUCAUCUUCUUUGCCAUCCUGAGGGUCCGUAAUGCUGAGGGCAGGCAAAAAGCCUUUUCCACCUGUAUGUCCCACCUGAUUGUGGUGACCAUGUUGUAUGGAACAACCAUCUUCAUGUAUUUACGCCCUAGCUCUAGUUACUCCCUGAACAAUGACAAAGUGGUCUCUGUUUUCUACACGGUGGUGAUCCCCAUGCUCAACCCCCUCAUCUACAGCUUGAGGAACAAAGAGAUGAAGGAUGCUCUGAGGAGAACAGCAGAAAGAAUCACAGUCAGGCUUUGA